AGACAAUGAGGCGGGUUCUUCGGCUGCCUUGCUAGAAAUUUGUUUUGGCAGUGCGGGCUUGAAUGGUUCUCUGUAUCCUGCUUUGAGCGAUGUUGUUGGGUGCUUUGAGGGGACCUCAAGUAAGCUCCGUUUUUGAAACAUGGAUGCAGUGACUUAUGAUGAUGUGCAUAUGAACUUCACUGAGGAAGAGUGGGAUUUGCUGGAUUCUUCCCAGAAAAGACUCUAUGAAGAGGUGAUGUUGGAGACCUACCAGAAUCUCACUGAUAUAGGCUAUAAUUGGCAAGACCAUCAUAUUGAAGAACAUUGUCAAAGUUCUAGAAGACAUGAAAGGCAUGAAAGAAGUCAUAUUGGAGAGAAACCCUAUGAACGUAAUCAAUGUGGGGAUUACAGUUACAUGAUUGGAUGACUCUCAGAAGAGACUUUGAACUUUGGAAUUUUAAUAUUUUUGAGACUGGUAUAGAUGAUGGGGACUUUUAAAGUUGGACCUCAUGUAUUUUUCAUUAUGCUAUGUUUAAGUAUGGUCCCCAUAUAUUCCUGUACUCCAACAAGCUUAUGGGGGCCAGGUAGUGGAAUGUGGGAGUUUAAAUAUGUUUGUCACAGGGAGUAGCUCUAUUCAGAGGAGUGACCAUGUUGGAGGAAGUGGAUCACUCUGGUGGUAGGCUUUGAAGCUCUACCCAGUGCAGAACAGACCCUCCUGGUAGGCCCCUGAAAGACAGUCUCUUCCUGGAUGCCUUUGGAUCAAAAUGCAGAACUCUCAACUCCUUGUCUGCCUGCAUGUUGCCAUGCUUCCUGCUAUGAUGAAAAUGGACUAAGCCUCUGAAACUGUAAGCCAGCCCCAAUUAAAGGUUUGCUUUUAUGAGAGUUGCCUUGGCCAUGAUGUCUAUUCCUAGCAAUGGAAAUGCUAGGACAGAAACCCUGUGAGUGUAUUUAAUAUGGUGAAGCCUUUGCACAAUUCUGUAGGCUUCAUCAUCAUGAAAGAAUAUCUACUGGAGAGAAACCUUUUGAAUGUAUUCACUAUGGUUAAGCUUCUUACUAUGGUUAAGAAGGAAUGACUUUGACAGAUACAGUUAUCAUUCUUUCAAUUUAGAAGGUAAGCAUCACACAGGAGUUUAUGACAAGCUCAUUCUUGGGCACUGUCUACAUCUGUUAAAUCAGAAGUUUUGCUCUCAGCAAUGUAAAAUCUGUAUCAUGCAGGAAACAAGCCCAGGUCACUUUCUUGUAUUAGUUCUCAUGACUUUGGAUUAUGGAAUUACAGAGUUUCCUGCUCGUUUAAUUCAAAAGGAGUUGUCUAGCUUCUCUUUAAGGAAAACUGAGGUUUAAAUAACUAUAUAAAUAAUAGAAAUACGUAUGUAAUGUUAUACAGCAUUGCUACAUUAAUUUUAUAUGAAACAUACACAACGUGAUACAUCAAAAUGUUAAAUGUAUAAACCUGUUCUCCAAAGCAAAAAUAAAAGGGUCACCAUCUAAGUAAGGCUGGUUAUUUGAUCAGAAUAAACUGAAGAUGAGUCACCUGUCAUCCAUUGCUAUCAUCUUCCUUCAUUCAGCUUAGUGUCCUCCUGAGGCACCCAGCUUGUCAUCUACUAAUGAGAAGUUAGGUUAUUUUAUAAUUUAGGCCACUAUGAAUCUUAACUACAACAAGCAUGAGAAUUCUGAUACUUCUUUAAAUUAAUUCCAAGUGCAUGGAAAAUGUAUGGAGGCCAUUUCUGGGAUUCCUAGCAAUUUUGUCAUUUUAUGAGAACUCUGUAUACUGUACUCACACAUAAACAGUAGAAUAAG